AUGGAAGCAACUACAUUUUCAGAUUAUACACCUGAUUAUGAUUAUUUCAUAGUUUCCCCGUGCAACAAAGAGGAUGUAAUAAUGUUUGCAACUCUUUUUACAACCAUUUUAAAUUCCCUUAUUUUUAUUUUUGGGAUAACUGGAAAUUGCCUUGUCCUCUGGAUUAUAGUCACAUACGAAAGUCUGGAGUCACUUACAAACAUCUUUAUAUUUAAUCUGUCUAUUGCGGGCCUGAUUUUAACAUCCUGUCUGCCAUUUUUUAGUGUCUACCAAAAUCAAGGAUGGGUAUUUGGGGCAAUGGCUUGCAAAGUCUUCAGCAUACUUUUCUCAAUAGGAUUUUACAGCGGACUUAUCUUCUUGACAUUUCUUACAUAUCAUCGUUAUCUUGCAGUUGUGGAUCCACUAUCUGCUUUAAAAGCCAAAAAACCUUUGUUUGGAAUUAUGAUUACUGUGCUUGCCUGGUUAAUGAGCAUAGCUGCUUCAGUCCCUGUGAUGAUCUUUCAAGUACAUAGCACAAAUGGUGAUCUUAACAAAUGUGAAUAUGAUCAAGUAUUCCCUGUGUUGGUAAGCCACUAUCAACAAAAUAUCUUCUUUCUACUUGCCUUCUUUUCUAUCAUAUUCUGUUAUUAUAAAAUUAUAAGGACAUUACAGCAAUCUCGAUCACAAAGGAACCACAAACCUGUUAGGCUCAUUCUUAUUAUUGUCCUGGUAUACUUUUUCAGUUGGACACCUUACAAUGUUACCAUCUUGUUACAAUCUUUUCACUAUCAACAGUUUAUUAUGGAAUGUGAAUUAGUUAGACGUAUUGACUAUGCAAAAUAUGUUAGUGAAAAGAUAGCACUUUCGCAUUGUUUCCUGAACCCUAUUUUGUAUGCUUUUGUUGGGAUCAAAUUCAGAAGACAUUUAAAGCAUCUGAUAAAAUGUUAUUGCCCUUGCAAGCAAGAAGAGAUGCGUGGAAAUAGAAAUAGUUCCCAUGACCAUUUUCACAAUGGAAUAGACUCUGUUUACUAA